UACGGAGGGGAGACUCCAUUUUAUGAGGCAACUUCAUGGGAAUAUAGUUUUUAUGCUCCUCACGAUAUUAGAAGGUUAAUUAAACUUUCGGGAGGUCACAAGGAAUUUGAGAAACGACUUGAUGAAACAUUCAACGUUCGUGACUAUAACGGCCGAAAAUAUCUCAAUAAUUACUUUAAUAUUGGGAAUGAGCCAGGUUUCUUGACCCCAUGUUUAUAUCAUUACGUUGGGAGGCAAUGGAAAAGCGUUAAUGUGAUCAGAGAUAUAAUGAAAACUAUGUUCGGAAGUGGUAGAGAUGGAAUUCCUGGUAACGAUGAUUCGGGAGCGAUGGCAUCCUGGUACAUUUUUCAUGCGAUCGGAAUCUUUCCAAAUGCCGGUCAAGAUAUCUACUUUAUAAACUCUCCUCACUUUGACAAAACUACAAUCAAUCUCUCCCUACCCGGCUCACCCAAUUCAAAUCUUACAAUACUUGCAUACAAUCUUUCCUCGGAAAAUAUUUAUGUUCAAACCGCAAAACUAAAUGGUGAAGUUUGGGAAAAAACAUGGUUCAGACAUUCGGACAUUGGUGAUGGUGGAACGUUAGAAUUGUGGAUGGGCAAGAAUGUGAGCGAUAAUUGGGGAGUUGAUAAGGAAUCGUUGUAUCCGCCAAGCCUAAGUGACGAAAUUAUUGAAGGAAGACCC